ACACUUUAACGUUCAUCUCUCUCUUCGUCUUUUUCUCUUCUUUCUUAGACUUCCUCGUUAUAAAAUUGAACGACGCCGCGGAGGCGUGAAACGAACUUUGGCGCGAAUAAGGAGAGAACCGAUGAUUCGGGAUGCUGCAUCGGCGACGAAGGAAACGAGGCAUGGUGUUUUGCGCUGGCGCAGGCGGGAAUCAGCCCCAUCGCAUGUCCCCCACCAGAUCAAGAUCCCCAUGCGCUGGCCACGCGCUUCAGGGACGACCAAAAAGUCCGAUCAAAUCGAACUCGGCAUCGAGAUCCGUCGGUCGAGGUUGUUUGAUCAGUACUCCAAGAUCCAGGGAUGUUUGAAAUACCAACGGCACUCAGCCGUUAUCCAUGCCGAGAUAAUCGGGCAUCAAGAAUCGUCAGCAUGCUCGAGAGGACGAACUAAUUGAGAAGAAAUUGAACGCGUGCAUAAACAAGGUCAAGGUUUUCGCGGCGCAAACAGCAUCCGAAGAAUACUUGAA